GGAAACUACUUUUCUGUUUCUUAUUUACUCAAGUUAGCGGUCUUCUAUCUAUUACUAAUAUACUGUAGCACGCUAGGCUUUAAGUCCUGGUAUAUGAAGAUGACGCGAGCCGUUUUCCUUCCUUCUUGAAUUUAGUGGUUUUCCAACAGGUCAAGGUUGAAAGGUUGGUGAAGAGAGGAGAUUUCUCUCCGCCUUCCUCACAACAGAUAAAACAUCAUGGCGGACGUACACCACGGUAACAACAAUCACGUCCCGAUCCUAUUUUCCUUCUCAGUCUUCUCACGGCCCUCGUCGGUUCCGCUCGGUUCCGGUUAUGAGGUUCUGAUACAGAAGUUCUUGUCGAUGUACGGAGAUCAGAUUGACGUUCACCGGAAGUUUGUGAUCCAGCUGUUUUCAGAAGAAUGGGGGCAGUACAUUGAUCUCCCAAAAGGGUUUGUAGUUGCAGAGAAAUGCAAGCUACGAUUGGUACCACUACAAAUGGAAAUGACAACAUUGGGGAACCUCACUCCUUCAAGCACAGUUUUCUUUUGCUGUGACAUGCAAGAAAGGUUCAGACCUGCCAUCAAGUACUUUGGGGAUAUUAUAAGCGUUGGGCAAAGACUGCUUCAGGGGGCCCGUAUUUUGGGGAUUCCAGUAAUUGUUUCUGAACAAUAUCCUAAAGGCUUGGGAAGCACAGUACCAGAGAUGGACCUGACUGGGGCGAAGUUAGUGUUUCCUAAAACCAAAUUUUCAAUGGUUUUACCUGAAGUUGAAGCUGCACUUGCUGAAAUUCCAGGACUCCGAAGUGUCGUCUUGUUUGGAGUUGAAACCCAUGUGUGCAUUCAGCAAACAGCACUGGAUUUGCUUGGCAGGGGAUUAGAAGUUCAUAUCAUAGCUGAUUCCACUUCUUCAAGAAGCAUGAUGGACAGAAUGUUUGCACUCGAGCGUCUUUCUCGCACUGGUAUAAUAGUGACCACAAGUGAAUCAGUACUAUUACAGCUGGUUUCUGAUAAAGACCACCCGAAAUUCAAAGAGAUUCAGAACAUCAUCAAGGCAAGCGCUCCAGAGUCUGGACUUCUUUCAAAGGUCUAAUAUGGCAUAUCACAUGGAGAAAGUACACAGAUUUCAUUGUUUAGUUGUUUAAAAAGAAUGAAAAAAGUACCAAAACUAUAGGCAACUAGAGGCUUCAACAGCAGGUACAAAACAUACUAUAGACUAGAGCCUGUCAUGUUGUUAGGGAAAUCUUUCUGGUUGUGCCAGUGUGUUUUGUGAAAUCACAUCAGUGUUGUUAAAACAAGCCUCAAGUAUUGUUGCGUUUUAAUGUGGUAAAAUGUAAUGUUUUAAAAGAGGUGCCUAACUAUUCCACACAGUCCAAAAUGAUUGUAUAACAGCUUUUGAAGGUACUUUUUUGUGAUGUCUCAGAGUAGUGCACUUUGUAAACACUGUUAUGUAAAUCUUUACAGUUUUGUAUCAGCUGACUAAAAUAAAUGUUUGUAAGUACCAUAUG